UUGUGAAAUAUUACACCUCAAUGAAUAUAAUUUCACGCAGUUCGCACAAACACGUCGGCACAUGUUUGGUUGUUGUGGUCGUCGUGCUUCUCCUUGACAGCAAAUUGCAAUAAUGAGAAAUAACCUUCCUUGCAGACAUCGUGAUAAAACAAUGCAAUAUCUACUUUGUAAUAUAACCAGUUUGACCUCUUGUUAUUCAUGUUGUAAUCAUUAGGUUUGAGAAGUUCAUUAGGUGAAGCGUAUUUUAUGGAAAUUAUCGUAGGUUUAUGCUAGUAAAAACAAUUCAGUUUUGUUUAGGAGAUAUUUUACAAAGAGCAUUCUGGUAUUACGCCCCGAACUUCCUAGCAAGGACAAGGUCACUUCCUUUAUUCCAAAGACCAAAUUAGAUUCACUAACAAUUGGUCCUUCUAAAGUAGAUUAAAAGUGCAGUGAUGAUCCUGCUUUGGAUCAAAUCACAGGACACUUUUCUGUCUACUGAAGUGAAGAAGUUCAUCGAAACAGUAACCCCAGACCUCACCCAGAUACCCAGUGGUGCUGAUUACAGCUGGAUUGAUCGUGACACUGGGAUAGCAUGGGAAAAGUUGGAGGAUGUUUUUGACAAUAUUAAAGAAGAAAAUGGAAGUAAGGCUUGGUUCUUUGAGGCUAUCAAGCAGGUACCUCCCUUAUUUAGGGAGUGUUACCAUAUGCUCCAGAAUGUGUAUCCUGCAGCAUAUGAUGCUUUACUUAAACCAUUUCUAGAGUGGACGCAUCAGGAAAAGGAUAUACACCUGACCAUAAAGCAAAUUUCAAAGGAAAGCACUUCUGGAGAUCACUUGGUUGCUCUCCUCACCAUCACAGCUAUUGUGGAGAGAGCUUUGGGGAAUGUAGUGCUACUCAAAUGUAAGCAAGUUCCAUUUCUUUUAAGAGACCUUCUAGCUACUCCUGAACUGGAAGAGUUGAUUGGAAAAGUAAAAGUCCAGCUGCUGAUAGUGAUGCUUGGCUCAGUGCUGGGCCUCAAUCUUCGCAACAUUGCUUGGCAUGGAUUCUUGAGUCCCCAUGAAACAAGCCAAGCUUUUGUUGCAACAAUUAUCUUCAUUCUUGCUGACUGUGGAAGGAUGCUGGAAAAAACAAAUAAAAUCAAGAAUAUCCCAUGCAGGCCACAUGUAACCUUUGAUGAGGCAUCAUGCCUUGGCAGUGUAUUUGAUAAUAUGAUCAUCCCCAGAAAAGCUGUUUUGGAAGAGGUGAUAAUGAAUUCCAGUUUUGUUCCAAUUGUCAUGUAUCCUGCUUGGAAAAAAGCCUUAGAACUUUUGGAAGAGGAGCAAUGGGGUUUGUGUGUAACUCUUCUUCUUCCCUUGAUGGAAUGUUCCAUGAGAGCAAUGUUUGCUCAUGUUAACAAAGUGUCAGAGAGAAUGCUAACUGCAGAAAAUUCAACAUUAUACACCACCAUGGAUGAAAUACUUAAUGAAUAUAUGGAGAACAGUACAACUUCUCAGACAGUGAACGAAAAGGAUGGAAAAUAUGAGUUUUCUAGUUGUUCUGCCAGUGUUCACAAUUUGGGAAACAGAGAACACUGUGAGGUAAACAAAUGCACAUUAUCAGCUGAUGGGAUAGAGCAUGCAGAUCAAGAAAAGAACAGAGAAUUAGAUUCUUUAGAGAAAAAGAAUCAGGUUCAGUAUACUAUAGGUACAAAACUAAAUGAAGCUCUACAUGACCUACUGAAUUUUAUCCAAGGUCCACGUAUCAGGGACAGAGUGAGUCAUGGAGAGGCUAAGUUACAAGAAAUCCCAGCAUUAAUCACAUGCCACAUUUUAUAUCUUAACCUUCUGGUGCUCUCUUCAGGAGGUCCAGAUACUGAUGAAGCUCCCAGUGGUACUACUAAUAAAAUGCAAUGUAUGAACUUGAAGGGUCUAAGGGAGGAAUAUGCAUUAAAUGCUAAAUUGGAAGGAAAAACCUUGGAAAAUACAAGUGAAACAAAAUGCCUUGAACACUGUCCUCCUCCAUCUGAUGAAGCAUGUUCCCAGGAUAAAAAAUGUACCAAUGACUCCAGUAAUUUGUCAGAUCAUGGUAAAGAAGUUAUUGGUAAACUAAGGAGAAAUAUGAAUGAUUACAAGUGUGUUUUCCAUCCAAGUGCCAUAUUACACAGGAGGCUUAUUCAUGCUGGGUCAUAUAUUUCAAAUUGGAUACAGUGGGAUAGGGUAGAUUCUUCAGAACUUGAUUAUCCAGAGUGGGAAUCCUGGGAUAAGAUACAGUUACCUGGAGCAAUAUCAUACCCACCUUUACAUAUUUCUCACAAUGUGUGCAGCCUUCAUAACAUGGAAGAGUUUCUUGUCUUAGUAAAAAACAUCCAGUACAAAGUUUUGUAUAGACCCAAACAGGAGGUUGAAUUAAUAUCUAUUUUGCAGAGAAUUACAGUAUGCAUUUUAGCAACUCUUGAAAAAAAUCAUGAGAAUAUGGCCUUAAAAUAUUCACAAUAUAUUAAUAAAAGAUUAAGGUCCAGACAGAGAGACACAUACCGGAGACAACUAACUGCAGUUCCAGUAAUUGUUUCAAGUUGUUAUCUCACAAGUCAAGUGAUUUACUUAAUAUUCUUAGCCAUUAACAAGUCUGGAGACUUAAGUCAGUCUUCCUUUACCAGUCUAAUGAAAGUUCUAAAACCUGUGCUGAAAGUCACAGAGAAUUUAGUAACUCAAACCAGCUUGAGUGUAAAUCGCUGGGAUGAAGCAUCAUCUUUAUCUGUUAAUAAUAUUGAUCAUAUAAGAAAGGAAUUUACUCAUAGACAAGAGUGAGUCAUUGGCACUGUGUCAGUUCAGAAUUUCCAGCAAAUAUUUGCUGAUAAAUAAGAGACUGCAUUAUUCUUGAAAUAAAACAAAAAUAUUUUAUAACUGCAAGUAGAAUAUAGAUAUUUAUAUUUUCAUUGUAGUAAUAUAUUUUUUUAAUGAUACUUAAUGAAGUAUAUGUUUCAAGUCAGUUGUUAACACAGAAUGAAUAGGAAUCUCUCUUUGCAAAUGCAUGUUGCCUAUCAGCAUAAUUAAUCCCUGUUAAGAACAAUAAACAGCAAGAUGGGUUUAGAGGAUUUACCUUGGGUUAAAAGGAGUUAUGUCUGGUUUAGAACAGAGAGACAAUUUUAAACAACAGGAAUGAGUAAUAUUGGUUGAAAAUCAGAAUAAUCCAAUAAGAACUUCUCAUAAGAUAUUUUUCCAGUUUCAAUCACAUAUCAAAGGUGAAAAAAAAGAAGAAAAAAUGCAAAGGGAAAAAUAAAAAUAAAAUAGGAGUAAAAAAAUGCUAGAUUAUUACCUACCAUAAUCCAAGUAUGCACUUACAAGCUUAUAUUAUAAAAAAAUACAAUAAAUAAAUACAUUUAUUUAACACAUCUGUUGAUGUCUAAUGCUACUUUUUCCCCUCAGAUUAAUGAAUUUUUCCAAAUAUCUCUAAAAUUUGCCCACUGAGGAUGGUUGCAUGACAAACAUUCCAUGUCCAGUGUGAUUUUUCCUGUAAUAAUUUUGUUUACACACAGAUGGAUUCACAAAUGCUUAUCAACAGAGUUAGUUGCUGGUUCUACUGGAUCAACCUGUUUACAUUUUGCAUUGAUUUAUGAAAACCUUGACUUUAUUCUUUACUGCUAUUAGUAAUAUUAUUAUUAUUUUAUGCAAAUAAAAAAUCAUACUGUCAUGCAAUCAAAUAUAUUGCAUUGCCAACAUAAUGUAGUUUUUUUUAUGUUACUUACAUUAGUUACAAACAACAAGUCAACUUUGAAAAAAUAUAUAUAUAUAUUUAACUAAGUAACCUAAAAACCACUCACCCAAUUUCAAAUUUGUUUCUAUCAGUGGAAAGGCAGUGUGGAAACAGGAGUGUUGAAUCUGUUUUUAUUUAUUUAUUUUUGCUUUUAAUAUUACUUUUUUGUGGAUAGGGAAAUAGAAAAAAAAAUGAAGUGGCCUUGAUAU